CGUUCGCUCUGGUCCGUCGGAUGAAUCUGGGUGAAUGGUCGGAUGUGUUGAAGACGGGGAACGAUCCGUGGGAGGUGUGGUUCGACCAAUCACAAUCAGCGAGCAGUAAAAGUAAAAGGGAAGCCCAAACGAAACGGCGCUGUGCGGUCCUAUCCACUCCACUCGUGCGCUGCUCAAAGGAAAUCCCCAAUCCCACUCACCUCCCUCCUUCACUCCCACGCCGCCGCCGCCGCCGCCGAUGCCUCCUCCUUGGCGACGGCGACGGCGGCGCCCGCGACCGCGGUCUUCUCCACCACCCACCAUGGCUGCAGCUCCACCCACGGCCGGUCGUCUAUGCUGCAAGCGUGGAUGGAUGGAUCCUUCCUAGGUGGAGGUGGAGCAGGCUGCAGAUCCCGUCUGGCCCUCUGCAGCGGGCCAUCGGAUGUCGCGCCACCGGGCUAUUUGUGGGGAUCACGUCGUCACCAAGCACGAGCUCCCGCCCCAUCCGCCGGACCGCAAAGGGCUUCAGGGAGGAGACGGUGGAAACAAAACUGCCCUCCCCUCCUCUCCUCCUCCUCAAGCAUGGUGGAUGAAGACCUCCUCUCCUCUCCUCUCCAGCUCUGAGGAUGACGAGCUGCUUCCUACUCCGCUCAUAGCCAACCAGCCGUCGCCGUCAAGAUGUUGCCUGCGCGCUCUCAUGUCCAGCGUCACCGCCAUCAUCAUGAUGCAGAACAGGGGGCACAAGAUCGACAACAUCUGUCCCAUGGACCAGAUGCUCAGGCUAGGCGUGUGUAUUGAGGUUUAGGAUGCAGAUUUCGUGCCUCCAAAUGUAACGAGUAGAAACUUAUCUUGAAUUUGAGCACUUCUUAUCUCCUUUUUGCUUACCUUGUAGUUCCGAUAUGAUUUACACAAGAACUUUGCUUUGGUACACCUGCCAUAGAAAAGUUUACUGAUUCCAAUGCAAGCUAAAAGUGGAUAUUAGAAGGUGCCACUUCAAUCAAAAAGGAUAAUGCGGUCUUUUAUAUCCAAAUCAGUCUAUUCGAAACUUUGAGAUAUGUGCAAACUUUUAAGGGGCCUGUACUGAAGUAAAACUCUUUACAGAACAUUGUAGUCUGUAACUUGCGCAUUUCUAAUCUUAAACUGCAAAUUUAAUGCAUAACUGCAAUCUGAUUCUACAGUUUAACAUGUUGUUAUUAUACCUAUAUGUCAGAAGCAUUAGUCUUUCAUGUCAUACGCACGACGAUGGACUGUUGGAUAACAUUUGCAGUGGUACGUACAGACAUGGAUAGGCAUCACUUUUCUGUUUGGCGUGUGAAACCUGAAACAUGUUUAUUUGUAAGGAUCACUGAUGCGGAUCUGUUCCUGAUGUAUCAAUUUGAAUGCAGAGUGGGCGUGUGUAUUGAGGUGUAGAAUGCAGAUUUCGUGCCUGUAAAUUUAAGAAGUAGAGACUGAUCCCAAAUUUGAGAACUUAUUAUCUCUAGUAUGUUGAUGCAGGUUGCUAGGGCGGCUCUGAUUCAUGGUGCGGUCACUCUCCGGCCAGCACCGUUGGCAGUCAACAACCACAUGAUUUUUUCUCUCCAAGGCACCGUUGUAUUCCGCGAGCGCGAGGUCAUCGUCCAGCUCUUUUCCAUGGAGGUAGAACCUUUGGCACUCCGUCGGGACACCCUCGGCCUCCUGCAGGCGCUCCUUGAUCCUGCCGGCCCACUGUGUUCGUAACCUCAAUAUAGAGCUCGACCGUCCUUGUUCUCCUGUUGGCGGGCCGGCAGAUGAAGUUCAGCGUGGAGUCGUUCCGGACGCCGUAGUCGGCGUCUCGGCGAGAGUGUGGCCAUCCUUCAGCUGCUUACCGGCGUGGAUGAGGCGCUGCUGCACGGGAGGACAGCCCACCCGCUCUUGGACCCUUGCCCGGAAGCUCUCGACGGUGUCACUGCUUGCGAUGUCUCACGGUUGUAUACGCGGCUAAACCGCUAAAUUAGCGCUGCCAAAAUCACUUUCCCUAGAUUAUCCUAGGCGUCGAUGUAUUAUUUGUGAUGCAUCCAAUAAAGUUGAAUGUUACGUAGGGACAAAAA